UCAUGACACAUGGUGUUGGUUUUUAACAAAGCUGAGGGUUGUAUUGGUGAGGUACCUCAAUUGCCCUUCAUUUUAGAUCGAUAUGUCAGCAUAUUUUUCGCAUUAGUUGAAGUUUUUCCUGGUGUGCAUCACGGUUAUUGUUGUCACCACCUCUAUUGUAACAUGCGGUCUAAGUACAAAAAGAAUACUAAAGUCGCAUGAAUGUAUUGGAAAGUAGCUAAGACGUACACUAAAUUUGAAUUCCAAUAGGGCAUGAAGUCACUGUCCCGUUUGCACCCUGAGGUAGCUGCAUACCUGUGUGAAGUGGGUUUCGAUCGAUGGCACGAACAUAUUUUUCAGGGUAUAGGUACAAUGUAAUGACUACCAAUAUUGCUGAGUCAUUUAAUGUCUUGGUCAGACACGCUCGAAGUUUAUCUAUUACUAUGCUGAUCGAGUUCAUUAGAGGUACAUUGCAACGAUGGUUUAUGAAAGAAGAAAUCAUUCUAAUGCUUGUACCAGUCCAGUCACACCUUCGAUUGAAGAUAAGAUCGUCAAACGUGUACGGAAGUUUUCCAAUUUGGAGGUGUGUCCUAUACCAUCUGAUCGAUACAAGAUUCUUGGUAGUGGCCAAUAUGAUGUCUUGGUCAACCUGACAGAGCAUACAUGUACCUAUAGAAAAUUUCAAUUGUCAAAGAUUUUCUGCAUGCAUGUUAUUGUUGUAGCCAGAUAUAUGAAGCUCACAACCUGCAUUCAAUGGGUGCAUUCAUACUACAACACAACUUUUUAUCGAACAGUUUAUGCAGACGUAGUCAAUCCAUUGGGAGAUCAGUUAGAGUGGCUUCAUCCAGAGGAGGCAACUGUUAUCCAUCCACCGUAUGUGCAUCGUCAUCGUGCAAGUUGUCUCGCAAAUAAAAACAGACGUCCUUCUCAAGGAGAGGUUGUUGAACAACUUAUCUGUAGUCGAUGUCAUCAACUUGGACAUACAAGACAGAAUUGUAGAAGCCCUAUUCCAAUACCUAGUUCUGUACCAUCAAGUUCAGGAAAAAAGAAGAACGCUGGGAAAUAACUGCAUUUGUUAAUUAUACUUGUUAAUUUUAAUAUAAAUAUUGUUUUUAUACUUGUUUUUGUAACUCUAAUG